AGAAAAACGCAAUGCUGCGUGCCGUGGCUUGCGGAGCACUACUUCCAGAAGCUGUGCUAUGGAGUUUGCUUGUUCAGCUCACGGCAGCCCUGCGCGCUAUACACACUGCUGGACUGGCGUGCAGGAGCCUGGACCCCACUAAAGUGGUGAUGAACGGGUGUCGCAUUAGAAUCGCCUGGUGCGGCGUGGCGGACGCACUGCAUCCUAACAACGGGGACAUCGGACAGGCACAGCAGGAGGACCUGACGGCUCUCGGGCGGCUGGCGCUGGCGCUCGCGUGUCGCACCAUCCACUGCGAAAACCUACCGGCUUCUAUGGAACUGGUCGCGCGCACCUACUCCGCAGACCUCAAAAACCUCAUCCUGUACUUGCUGUCUACGUCGCCAGCGCGGCGGUCUGUCACCGACCUCAUGCCGAUGAUUGGUGCUCGCUUCUAUACGCAGGUGGAAGCUCUGGAGCGGCGAGCGGAUGCUUUCGAAGAACAAUUAGCGCGGGAGAUCGACAACGGACGCCUCCUGCGCAUACUCAUCAAGCUGGGCGUGGUCAACGAACGACCGGAACUGAACUUGGACGCGACUUGGUCGGAGACGGGUGACCGAUACAUGCUGAAGUUGUUCCGUGACCACUUGUUCCAUUCCGUGACGGAGGACGGCCGGCCGUGGAUCGACCAGGCGCACCUGGCGCACUGCCUCAACCAGCUCGACGGUGGCACGACGGCCAAGGUGGAGCUGAUGUCGCGCGACGAGCAAAGCGUCCUUGUCGUAUCGUACGCGGAGCUCAAGCACUGCCUCGAGCAGGCGUUCGACGAGGUGAUGCAGGCGGCCGCCGGGCCCACCUAGCCGCCUCGCCGCGCCCCCGGGGUCAAUGACCUGCCCAACCAAGCCGACUUACCCCCGGUCAGUGACUUCGCCCCUACCUACUCCUAGAUAUACUCGUGUUUUUCAAUCUCAGAGACAAGAAAUGAAAAAUUUGAAAACAAUAAUCACAUCAUUCACCCGCCAGAUUCCCAUUUUUUAGGUUGACGUAAUGCGUUGUAUUUGUUCUUUCAUACUUCACGAUCACCCGUCAUCUCAUCAUUAGCUCCUACCUUUGCAAUGUCCUUUUCUGAACAAACUUUAAUGACACAUUGACAUGUCAAUUUAGCCUGAUUACAUUUACGAGAAGGAUGUUUUCAUGAUUCUGCUUGAGAGACGUCCGGCUUUAAUGCUACAUCAAAGUUUAUGGUAGAAUUAAUAAUAAAUUUUAUAUUAAUUUAUAGAAUUUACAAUAAAGCAAUAAAUAUAUACAGACUGAUUGUAUGUAUUAAAUUAAAACAAGGGAAUCGAGAGCGGUCGCGUAGAAAGAGUGGGUUUUACUGUCAACACGACGAAAAAUGCAAAAAAAAGUCAUUAUGUCUCCUGGAUUAAAAGCAGAGUAUAAUACUAGGAACUGUUCAACACAGCGUUUGGCCUAAUUUCCAAUAACCUUAACGGUCGGUUAAUGAAAAACGCUUAAUGCGAAUAAAAGGGGCCUUGCAAGUAUCAGCAUCAUUUGACUAAUUACAUAACCUAUCACCUGAAUAGUAUUGUCAUGUCAAACCAAGUCAUCUUGUAAGACGCUCAAUUAAAAAGAAAUCAAUAUUUUAAAAUAAAAUAUGUCACUGUUUUUAAUUAAGUUUCAGUUGUCACCCUUAUAAAAUUUGAAUAUUAUAGAUUUAUUAAGAAUGCUAUUUUUGAAAUACAAAAUUAUAAUUGUGACCUUCACACAAUGAAUGAAUUAUUGUACAAUGAUAGGGCUGAUGCGACCUGUCUUAAAAAAAUAUUAAAAGAGAUUAAUUGAGAGAAGACUCAAAAUAAUUAAUUGAAAACGCGUACAGAAUUUACUAUUAGCUCCGGCGUUAAUUCAGUAAUGUGCUCAUAAAUAAACAUGUUUUUAUUUUAUGCUCACGUUUCCCAUAGGAUAGGACGCAAUGUAACUAAUGAUACUGUGUAAUUUUUGAUAAAUUAAAUUCCUAGAAUUAAAUUUUUCUAAGUUAAUUUUCAGUCACAGCAGUGGAUUAUAGUUUAAAUUGACAUAAAUUAAAAGAUAAACAUAAUGUUGGCCCUUCCUACCAGGGUAGUAAAGGUUAUUUUAACACUUUUGACUGAAAAUAAACCGCAGAAAAAAUAAUUAAAGCAACAGUCAUUCAAUGUGUUAUUUAAAUGUUUAAACGCAAUAUUGAAUUCUGUUAGCAAUAAUUAGCGACUAAUCUAGGCAAAGUCUUAUGUGGAGACUUUAUUUCGAAAGGUCUAACUAAGAGACGUGAAUUUUAAGCUAUUUAAGAGUGUUGAUUCUGCCUUUCUUUACGAUAGCAAUAACAUUAGACAAAACAUCACUUUACAGCAUUCGAUUUAAUUGACGUCUCUGAGUGCCUUUAUUUGUCAUCCAUCACAUUAUAUACAAAUUUAUAACUUUUUGUUAGAAAGAUAAAACGAUUCUUAUCUGUAUUACACUUUAAUGUAUGAUGUUUUAAAGUGUGUCCAAAUUAUAUAAUAUAGAGUGAUGAAGUUAAAGCUUUAUCAGGAGAUUGAGUAUUUGGUUCAUAAUUUACUGAAAUAUUUAUACUCGAAAUGUUGAUUAUGAUAACUUUUCUAUUUCACAAUACAAAUUACAAACUGCUCAUUCGCGUCCCAUCAGAAAAUAUCAUUAUAAUUAAACUAAGAUAUGAUUGUUGUAUUUUUAAGCACAGUGUAAGGGUAAGGAGGACUUACUCAUUCAGACUUUUUAUAUUUUUACAAUGUCUUUAAAAAUAUGCUUUAUUUAUAUCUCUGUAACGAUGACUAUUCUCUAUACACAACUGUUUAAACCUCCGUGUAUCGUGCAAUAUGUUUUAGCUGUUUAUAAGCGCACAAGCGUUAUUCAACAAUAAGAUAAGUAUUGCGAUUAUAUCGCAAUCAAAUUUGGCCAUGCAGAUAUUAUAUUACAUAGUUAUAUUUACGUAUUCUUUGCAAUUCAAACAAAUCUUAUAUUAAAUAUUUACGAAAGUAGAAUGCCUUUUCUAUAUGAUAUACCACAACCCAUCAGGUUUCGGUAUUCUGGGAAGGAGCGAGUUAAAAAUCAAACAUUAUUAUGGUUUCCGUAUUCUCAUUUUGGUGAAAGAAAAUUACAUCUGUAUGAAUUUUUGAGGCUUUAAAUUAAUAAAUCGGCAUUCUUAUAUAUUUUAAAGGAGUCAAGAGUUUUAUAUAUUCACCGUCCAUUACGAAUACGUUAAGUGAACAUUAUGCAUGGCCGCCGGGGCGAAUUCGCUGCAUCCACUGCAACCGGAUAAUAUAACAUUAAAUAUUUAUUAUGAAAUGACGAUGCGAGUCGGUAUUUAAACGCGAUCUCAUUGGUCUGAGACGGUCGCUCGCACGGGCAGCAUCUUGACACGCAAUAGUCUGCUAGAGUGCUAUUCAAACUUAACGGCGCGGCUGUGAAGAUCGCGCAUGUUGCUGUGCAUUAUUCCAAACGUAGGAUGUAGGCGCCUGUAGGAUGUCACUGAAUCAAAACGCUCAUUGGGCUCACUGCUAGCUUCACAAUUGCCAAAGUUUGGAUCGGACUAUACCAGACUGCUACACGACUAACCGAGUCUUGGUAACUAAAUGUUUGCACGUCACCAACACCACGGGCUUGCUUUCUUAGCGGCAUAGUACUCGAGAAACUAGUCGAAUAAUUACAUUUACUAAUAACCAAAACCUAAAUUAAUAUAUUGUCACCACAAACCAUGUUCUAUCUACAACUUUGCCACAAGAUUACAAAGGGUCGAAUUAAUAAAAAAUUGUAACGUAACAAAACUAGAAUUAUAGUCGUACAAAAAUUUCGGUAUAACAAAUAUUUUGUUUACGUUCAAGAAAAUAUCACUAACUAUAUAAAAAUUUAAUAAUCUUAUGGUUUUCGUUUAUAUUUUCAACAAUUAUUGAAAGUCAACUUUUGCAAUAGUUUUUGCGGAACUAUUACUUCGUAAUUGACUUAGCGUGCGUUGCACCAACUUACUUUAACUGUCAUAUCAUGUUAAAGUCAUAGCAAAAUUUAACUCUAACCAGCUAAUAGAUUUACAGUUUUUAAACCUAAGCAAUUUGAGUGAAACUAUUUUCAUAUUUUAUUCUGUUUGGAUAUAGAGCUUAUUGAAAUGAUAAUAUUACUUUCAUACACAAUAUCUUUGGUGAGGUUUUCUUGUCUAUCCAAUAUUGAUAACUAUAAGAACUGCCAGUAUUGUUUAUUAGUAAAUGGGUAUUUAAGGAAAACACUACCUAUGUGGAUCCUUCGAUUUGUAUGACGUGCGUCAAAUACUCACCUAAAGCGUGACUUAAACUUAAUUCAAUAAAUUGACUGAAGAUAAAUCACAUGUUCUACAAAAAUUCGUUUAGGGAAAAUAAUGAAUUUAUUCAAGCAAUCGCAUACGACAUUGCUUUCCAACCACAAACAACAAUAAAAGGAAAAGAAUUAGUUUUGGCUCAAAAUGUGAAAGAUUUCAAAUGCAUUGUAACGUGCUACUUCCUACAAAAUACAAAAAAUAAUAUUAAAAAGUUUAUCUUAAAGUUAGAUUACUUAGUUUACUCUUAACCUCUUGACAGUAAUUUUUUUCAUUUCAUUUGUUGUUCUCGUUUCGAAUUUGCUUGUGACAAUUUAUAGUUUGUGAUCACUGUUUUAUGCCAUUGUUCUUACAGUUUACUAGGUUCGCAGCCGGCGUCGUGUCGCAUUUUUAUUUAUUUUUACAUAAAAUGCACGGAUACUUAAAUUUUGCAAGUAAAAAGGUAACACUUGAUCUGCCGAAAGUGCGCGAUGCGAUCAAUUCGUGAUUCCCCCACAUCUUACUUUGCACCCAGCGAUUAUACCUAUGUAAAUCUUAUAAAUCAAGUUCUAUGAGAAACCUAAAUAAAUAUUUAGGUAUAUUAUAUUAUCAUACAAAUUUCGUAGGAUCCGCGUACAUCAGAUUCGACUGAGUAGCAUUGAAAGCCGAUACGGUGACAACGUUGUAUCAAAAAGUUUGGAUAAACGUUACUAGGGUAAGGAAUAUUAUUGUAAGCUACAUAUUAAGUUAUUAACGAGAUGUAAAUGUAUACAAGAAAGUAUAUGUUGCAGGUAAUAUGCAUAUUUGGUACACUUGAGGUGCUGCUGCACGUAAGACAUCAUUAUCUUUAUAAAAAUAGACACAAUUUCUGUAAACGUAAAACCCAAAGCAUUAAAAGUUAAAAAUUCAUGCAUUAGUCUCUUUACAAAUUAAAUAUUCUUGGUACCCUAGGAUGAACUGAAUUUGUUAGUGGAAAAAUAUUUUCUUAUGAGCUAAAAUUCGUAAGUUUCAAUGCUUCGUAAGUUUAUAUCAAAUAUUUUUUGUGAUUUGCUGUCGAAGUAAAUCUCAUUUCAGUGCGGUCAGUCUCUUAUUCUUUUCGAAUGUUACUAGAAUAAUAGUGUAAAAUCUUACAGUAGGUAUGUCGCAUUGUGUUGUGUUACAGCGAGCCAAGUUUUAGAGAAAUAUUACGCGGCAGUGCCUCAUAUAACUCCACAAACAUUCCAUACUAACAUCGAACAAGUGAUUGAAGUAUGUGUGCGAACUCGAACGCAGAGCUCCACGCGAACCAUAAACACCUACACUCUGUUUUCCGAAUGCAAAAUAAUUACCAUAUUGAUUUCGACUUUGAAAGAAUCCGGUUUAGUAAUCCAUCCGACUUACGUCCAUGUUUUUUGUCAUUUGAUGUUUCCCAUUUUGCCUGUAUUUUAAUGCGUUCUUUAAUUCUGUUAUUAAAGAUUUCAUCGUGUUUAUAAAACCCCGCUCCAGUUAAUCACUCUCAAGCGAGUUUUCUUGCCAAAUUCCAUAUUGUAUUGUCGAACGUUCCCGGAGUGGUGUAUAUAUUUAUCGUACAUCUCAUUUAUAUUUUCCUUUUUUAUCUUUAUCAUUUAUGUUGUACUUAUGUAACGGGCGUAACUUUAUAUGGAGCAAGUGUAAUUUUAAUACGUGUGAUAUUAGGAUCAAUUCACACUGAUGAGGCAACAGUGGGCAGGAUCACUGUCGAGCCAUUUAAAUCAUGAUCUCCAUUAAUUCUUAAUCUCCUUUAGGUAAUGUUUGAAAGACUAAAACGCAAAAAGUUUGACGUAGAACCUGCCGACCACUUGCUAUAUCGAUAUGAGUUUGAUUUGACCCUAAUAGCUGACAAAUAUAAUGAUGCUCCUUAAAAGGUUCUGUGGUCCACCAACUUUCAAUACGACAGGUUGAUCAGAAGGUUGGCUUGUGACAUUACGCGCAUAGCACCCUGUCGAACUCUUACUUCUCAACGUUACAAAAAGUUCAAAUACAUCCUAAUCAAAACACAGUAUCUAAACAGCAGUAAUGCCAUGAUUGGAUAAUAAUGACGCAGUAGGCUGUCUCCUACGUUUGCCGCGCUAUUUUAGGCCAUACGAAACACAAAACAAUUAAAUUGUGAAAAAUUAAUUGUGUGGCUAUGUAUUUGAUAGAGGCGCUGCUACCCAUCUUGCACUAUAGAUGGUUCUUCUUAUACUUGGUUGAGUGCUGCGUGACGUCACAAUCACACCUUCCGAUUACUUAUGAUACUAUUAAAAACUGAAUAAUUAUCAUCCAGCUAUAGUAAAAUAUAUAGAUCAUAAUGAAAGUGUUACGACUAUCUCUUAAAAUAUUAUUAUUUAUAAAUAAGAAACUUUAAACUUGUGAUGUGAUUCAUAACAAACAAUUACAUUCAAUGGUUUUUUUGUUUAUAUUCAUACAUAUAAUCAAAAGCUGAUUACGGGGUUUGAAUAUAAUAUAUUCUAGUGAAAUGUACAUUAACUUACACCACUAAAAUUCUACAACAUGAUUACCGUUACAGUUGGGUAUUUUUUUACUAAGUUACCUUUAAUUGGUAAAGCAUAAUAAUAAACCAUUUCGUCAUUAAAACCUUAAAUUAAGAUUAAUUUAAUGCUAUAUUUAUUUUAAAUGUACAUCAUGAUUUGUUGUAAAGUUGCACCUGUGUAAUAAUAUUACACAUAUUAUGUUCUUAGGUUUCAAUAAAAAAUAAACAAUGUCUUUUCAGUUUUACAGAAACGACAUAACUGUUUAGAUGUAAAUUGUGUGAGUACCUUCCUACUAUAUUAUUAAUAAAAAUAAAUUGAUCUUUCCCCCAAGUGGACAUAUUACAUGAUCACAAAUUUCUUGGCGAAAUUGUCGAUAUCGAAAUUUUUAUUGAUGUAAGGAGGUCGCGAUAACCUACGUUCAGCGUAACUCGAAAAGGAAAUAUUUUGGGAUAAUUGUAAGUGUAUAUUUUUUUUAGGAAAUAAACUUUUUAAAGCAAA